GCGGAGAGGGGAGCGGCCGCUGGCUGGCGGCGGCGGGCACCGGCUGCGAGAGCAGGUAGCUGCGACCGAGGUGGCCAGGCCGUCCCCAGGGGGCGAGCGCACAGGCGGGGGCUCUGGCCCGCCGCGCCCCCAUGCUGCGGUGAGCGCUCGCGCUCGUUGCACUUGCCGCGCCAGCCCCAGGCAGCCAGCUCUCUCCGCCCAGCCAGCCCGGGCCCUACCUGCGGCCGCCGUCGGGGGAGGGGGUCCCCCCAGCUCUGCGGAGCCGCAUGAACAAUAGGCAGCGGCGGCUCCUGCGGGCGGCGGCGGCCCCACACCCUAUGGAUCGGCCGCUCCAUGGAGCCCUCCAGAGCGCUUCUCGGCUGCCUAGCGAGCGCCGCCGCUGCCGCCCCGCCGGGGGAGGAUGGCGCGGGGGCCGGGGCCGAGGAGGAGGAGGAAGAGGAGGAGGAGGCGGCGGCGGCCCCCGGGGAACUGGGCUCCGACGCGCCGCUGCCCUACUGGACCGCCGUGUUCGAGUACGAGGCGGCGGGCGAGGACGAACUGACCCUGCGGCUGGGCGACGUGGUGGAGGUGCUGUCCAAAGACUCGCAGGUGUCCGGCGACGAGGGCUGGUGGACCGGGCAGCUGAACCAGCGGGUGGGCAUCUUCCCCAGCAACUACGUGACCCCGCGCAGCGCCUUCUCCAGCCGCUGCCAGCCGGGCGGCGAGGACCCCAGUUGCUACCCGCCCAUUCAGUUGUUAGAGAUUGAUUUUGCGGAGCUAACCCUGGAAGAGAUUAUUGGCAUCGGGGGCUUUGGGAAGGUCUAUCGAGCUUUCUGGAUAGGGGACGAAGUCGCCGUGAAAGCAGCCCGCCACGAUCCUGACGAGGACAUCAGCCAGACCAUAGAGAACGUUCGCCAGGAGGCCAAGCUCUUCGCCAUGCUGAAGCACCCCAACAUCAUUGCUCUGAGGGGAGUGUGUCUGAAGGAACCCAACCUCUGCUUGGUCAUGGAGUUUGCUCGCGGCGGGCCUUUGAAUAGAGUGUUAUCUGGGAAGAGGAUUCCCCCGGACAUCCUGGUUAACUGGGCCGUGCAGAUUGCCAGAGGGAUGAACUACUUACACGAUGGGGCGAUUGUCCCCAUCAUCCACCGUGACCUUAAGUCCAGCAACAUAUUGAUCCUCCAGAAGGUGGAGAAUGGAGACCUGAGCAACAAGAUUCUGAAGAUCACUGAUUUUGGCCUGGCUCGAGAAUGGCACCGAACCACCAAGAUGAGCGCAGCAGGGACCUAUGCUUGGAUGGCACCCGAAGUCAUUCGUGCCUCCAUGUUCUCCAAAGGCAGCGAUGUGUGGAGCUAUGGUGUGCUGCUUUGGGAGUUACUGACUGGCGAGGUGCCUUUCCGAGGAAUCGAUGGCUUAGCCGUCGCUUAUGGGGUGGCCAUGAACAAGCUCGCCCUCCCCAUCCCUUCUACAUGCCCAGAACCUUUCGCCAAACUCAUGGAAGAUUGCUGGAAUCCCGACCCUCAUUCACGACCCUCCUUCACCAAUAUCCUGGACCAGCUAACGACCAUAGAGGAGUCUGGUUUCUUUGAAAUGCCCAAGGACUCCUUCCACUGCCUGCAGGACGACUGGAAACACGAGAUUCAGGAGAUGUUUGACCAACUCAGGGCCAAGGAAAAGGAGCUCCGCACCUGGGAGGAGGAGCUGACGCGGGCUGCACUCCAGCAGAAGAACCAGGAGGAGCUGCUGCGGCGCCGGGAGCAGGAGCUGGCAGAGCGGGAGAUCGACAUCCUGGAACGAGAGCUCAACAUCAUCAUCCACCAGCUGUGCCAGGAGAAGCCCCGGGUGAAGAAACGCAAGGGCAAGUUCCGGAAGAGCCGGCUAAAGCUCAAGGAUGGAAACCGCAUCAGCCUCCCUUCCGAUUUCCAGCACAAGUUCACCGUCCAGGCCUCCCCCACCAUGGAUAAGAGGAAGAGUCUCAUCAACAGCUGUUCCAGCCCUCCUGCAAGCCCUACCAUCAUUCCGCGCCUUCGAGCCAUCCAGUUGACACCAGGUGAAAGCAGCAAAACCUGGGGCCGGAGCUCAGCCGUCCCGAAGGAGGAAGGGGAGGAGGAGGAGAAGAGGGCUUCCAAGAAGAAGGGACGGACGUGGGGGCCAGGUACACUUGGUCAGAAGGAGUUUGCCUCGGGAGAUGAAGGAUCCCCUCAGAGACGUGAGAAAGCUAAUGGUUUAAGUACCCCCUCAGAAUCUCCACAUUUCCACUUGGGCCUCAAGUCCCUGGUAGAUGGAUACAAACAGUGGUCAUCCAGUGCCCCCAACCUGGGGAAGGGCCCGAGGAGUAGCCCAGCCCUGCCAGGGUUUACCAGCCUCACGGAGAUGGAGGAUGAAGACAGCGAAGGCCCCGGGAGUGGGGAGAGUCGCCUACAGCAUUCGCCCAACCAGUCCUACCUCUGUAUCCCAUUCCCUCGUGGGGAGGAUGGGGAUGGCCCCUCCAGCGACGGAGCCCACGAGGAGCCCACCCCAGUCAACUCAGCCACCAGUACCCCUCAGCUGACGCCAACCAACAGCCUCAAGCGGGGCGGCGCCCAUCACCGCCGCUGUGAGGUGGCUCUGCUUGGCUGUGGGGCUGUCCUCGCAGCCACAGGCCUGGGGUUCGACCUGCUGGAAGCUGGCAAGUGCCAGCUGCCUCUCCCGGAGGAGCCUGAGCCACCAGCCCGGGAGGAGAAGAAGAGGCGUGAGGGUCUUUUUCAGAGGGCCAGUCGCCCUCGUCGGAGCACCAGCCCCCCGUCCCGGAAGCUCUUCAAGAAGGAAGAGCCCGUGCUGUUGCUAGGAGACCCCUCUGCCUCCCUGACACUGCUGUCUCUCUCCUCCAUCUCCGAGUGCAACUCCACUCGCUCCCUGCUGCGUUCAGACAGCGAUGAGAUCGUGGUGUAUGAGAUGCCUGUCAGCCCGGUGGAGGCCCCCGCCCUGACCCCCUGCACCCACAACCCCUUGGUCAAUGUCCGAGUGGAGCGCUUCAAACAAGACCCUAACCAAUCCCUGACUCCUACCCACGUCACCCUGACGACCCCCACGCAGCCCAGUGGUCACCGGCGGACUCCUUCCGACGGGGCCCUCAAGCCAGCGGCUCUCCUGGCCAGCAGGAGCCCCUCCAGCAAUGGGUUGAGCCCCAGCCCGGGAGCAGGAAUGUUGAAAACCCCCAGCCCCAGCCGAGAUGCCGGUGAAUUCCCCCGUCUUCCCGACCCCAAUGUAGUCUUCCCCCCGACCCCAAGGCGCUGGAACACACAGCAGGAUUCUACCUUGGAGAGACCCAAGACCCUGGAGUUUCUGCCUCGGCCACGUCCUUCUGCCAACCGGCAACGGCUGGACCCUUGGUGGUUUGUGUCCCCCAGCCAUGCCCGUAGCGCCUCCCCGGCCAACAGCUCCAGCACAGAGACACCCAGCAACCUGGACUCCUGCUUCGCCAGCAGCAGCAGCACCGUGGAGGAGCGGCCUGGGCUUCCAGCCCUGCUCCCGUUCCAGGCGGGGCCGCCGCCCCCCGCCGAGCGGACGCUUCUGGACCUGGACGCCGAGGGCCAGAGUCAGGACAGCACUGUGCCCCUGUGUAGAGCUGAACUGAACACACACAGGCCUGCCCCUUAUGAGAUCCAGCAAGAAUUCUGGUCUUAGCAUGACAAGGGUCAGAGCUGGGCAAGGGGCAGCAGGAGGAGAUGGGGGAGCUGGCUGGCACAGCCCUUUCUCAGGGUCGGACCUCCUGAGAUCCAGUCCUACUUCUUGCACUGAUACUGCACUUUGAGGAUGGGAGGGUGGAAGCAGAGCCACUUCAGAGGGUCCGCGGCCCUGCAGGGCCUGUCACCCGUGUCCACUGCAGGGCUGUGGCUAUCGGCUCUGGCUGUGCAUGUCCCCCACAGUCUUCCUCACCUUUAGGGUGGCCUUGCGGCGUCACUCAGCCAAAUCUGUCUGCUGCCCCCUCUCCUCAGCCCCCUGGGUAUGCCCAGAGCCUGUCCUGGGGUCCCUCUGUUAGCCCCGAGUUCAGCCCUCCCAAACACCAGUAUUGAAUGUUCUGUGAUUGAUUUUGUUCUUCCACAUUCUUCCCGAAUACCCACGAAUCAGAAUCUUGAUGUGAGAUAAGAGCUUUUCUGUGUCCUAAGCCCUUUUUAUGCCAGCUGGAGGGCUGAAGGCCAGGGGCCCAGUGUGGGGCAUGGGAGCUGAUGGACCUGGCACUGCUUACCUGUACUUCCAGGUGCCCCUCUUAUUUAUUUGAGCCUACCAGUUGGGGGGGGGGGCUGUCUCAGUGAGAGCUGGGGGAGGGGAGGGAAUUAGGAAAAAUACAGCCCAGUUGCAGUAAAGAGGGUAACAGAGUCUGUCUGUCCUUGUUCCUUUUGGAAAAUCUCAAGGGCAGAAACCAGCACCCGUUGACCGCGCCCAUCUCCUACCUAGGGUCCAGACGUGGUCAGACCAGGUUCUGAUACAGACAUGCUCAUCCCAUGAUUAAGUUUCUUGGAAUGCCAGAGACAGGGUUCCUCUGCUUGUCCCUUUUGUUGUCUGAUCUUUAUGUUACUCCCUUCCCUUGAGCUUUCCUCCUGUCCCUGGAGGUGGUGGAUUUCGGGUUAUGUAUUUGGUUGGUAGAUAUCUCUGCAUUGCACCAGAAUAGCAUAUGGGAUUGGGUGGGCAGGUAUGGAGUGGGUGUUUCUUCUCAGCCAGGCCAUCCAUUCUGUAAUGCCUUUGAAAUAAAACGGAGCCAUGAGCAGUACCUUCCGUGAAUGGUUGCAGCAGUGAUGCUUGUAAGGUGCUUAGUGAACCACCAAUGUACAGUGACCUUCAAGUCCCAAGCCCUGGAGACUGACCAAGGCCUCUUGUCUCUGUGCACAGAUAGCCCCUGAUGCUGGGCUCUGGACCACGAGCUGGGUAGGAAGGACAACAGGGACCAACCCUGACUUUUCUGGAAUUUGUUUCCUUGAUUGAAUGUUGAGCUUCUUCUGGAGUUUACUUCACAGUUCCGCUUACUCUGAGGCCUCUGGUGUCAGGUGUGAGGAGUUGUCUUUGUGUGGGAACAAUAGCUUGAUUGGGAGUAGUCCUUAGGUCCUGCUCCUCCCCCUUCAAGACUCCAUGUUGCUCCGCUGUCUUUUGCCUUGGAAUGUUGUCUGGAAGUGUUGGAGGCCAACCCACAGGUUCCUGGCUCUUGCUGCCUGAAUGCAGAAUGGGGAGAGCAACGGAGCAGGUCCGAGUGAUAAAUAUGGUCACUGCUCUCUCUCUGCAAGUCUGGUAGACAACCUGCGCUGGGCAUGGCAAAAUGGGUGACCUUGGUUUUCAAAUCGAUCCUUGUUUUUUGAGCCCACUGGCACUUUGGUUCGAGGGCCCCACCUAGUCUUGGGCAGGGAGGUACUACUGGUUUUGUGGCCUGGGGUUUGUUAUUGCAUCUCAUCUCUCUACUUGUCUGUGUUCGGCGAAGCCACAUGCAAGAGAUUAUUUUUGUCUCAUUCUGUACUCCUUGGGUAGGAGGGAUAAAAUGUGAAUCCUUUCAGCAGUUCCAGCCAACCAGGUGACUCCUCUUCAUUCUUGGUGGGGGGAGGGACACAGGUAGUCUGU